UUUCUCAAACAUCUCAAUGUACUAUGGGGGUAAAAAAUAAAAAUAUUUAUAGCAUAAGUAUUUGGGCAAUUCGGCUUGCCCAUAUAGAUUGUCCUCGGUUGCCUUGUAUAGAAUCAACAUUCUGUGUAAAAACUGUUUGUACCAGCAACCAUCGCGAUUAUUUUUGUACAAAGCUCAUGUAGUGGGAGCCCAGUGUCCUCCAAGCAUUACUUAGGCAGAUGUGUCAUUUCCAAGAUACAAUGUUGACUCGAUCCUUAAGAAGGAGGUUCGGCCUCGAGGCUGGGGCAGUCAUCGAGGUAGAAAAUUCAAAGACUAGGUUCUUGCGGAAUGUCAUGACUGUGGAAGAGGUUUAUGGUCGCGGUGCCCCCAGGUCAUGCAUACCGCGAAUCCCUCGUGCUUGCAAAACCCCUCUGAGUACACACCAAGAUGCCUGUUCUAGGAACAUUACAUGGUUUGGAUUCUCUAGUCGUCAAUUCACCUGUCUCACAAUUCUAUAUGUUGAUCCAAACCAUCAAAUCUCUUGUAUUUCAGGAAUUUCUCUGAAUUUUAGUCAAGCACAAUGCAAUGAACAGUGAGUCAUACACUGGAAAAUUUGCUCGAACAAACUAAACCUUCGAAUCUCUUUCCAAGGCCGAGAUUGACAAUAAU